GUAAAUUUGGAAUGGCUUCGCCAAAGUGCACGCGUGCGCGACAUUAAGAUGUGACUUCUUGGUGCAUGGUGUGGUGAUUUCGUCACGUUAUAAUAACCGUUUUGACCGCGUGACAAUACGCCAAUUAUUUUAUUAUUGUUAGAGCUUAAUUAGCUUGGAACACUCACGUGACCUCGGACUUGCGAACUUCUUAUCAAAUGACCGUAAGUUUCCUGGUGAGUGCAUCCUCACAUACAUGGAGUUUCAGUUGGAUAGCGCAGAAUACUGCCAGGCUCAACACAAAUAGAGAGACACGCCCAUACUCCCUGACAAUUAUUAGACAUCGUUAAGGUAAAGAGAGGAAGGCUAGAAACACCUUGGAGAAAGGAAGAAAGAUAUUAAAGUAGUAGAGAAUUAUCACCGCGGGGAAGCCAGAAAAAUCAUCAACUAGUCAUCGCAAGACAUAGAAGAAUUUAAUAGAAAUUAUUAAUUUACCUUAGUAGAUGCAAGCAUCGUAGAUACUGAGCGCACCUGUCACAGGAGCACCCAGUGCCAAAUAGGUAAUCUUCCGUGAAUUAUAGUCAAAAAGUCUCAAGUGGGAAGAAUAAAGCGCAUAUCAACACCGCCUAAUGUAACGUAGCCCUUACUUUUUCGGCGAAAUUCGCAUCCCUACGAUCCUUUCUAAAUUCUACAUGUAAACCCACACAGUUCUGUCCUCUGAAAAAAAAUAAUAUAUAUUCUAUUAGUUAAAUGAAAAACAACUUUAUAAGACUGACAUUUAAUGGGCUAAGUUGUCAAAUCCAGCCUUUGUCGCUUCGUAUAGUGUGGCACACGUACGAGAUCUUUAAGAGUUAAAAACAAUAAAAGGGGAUAGAUAUUAUAACCAUCUCUGUGGUUAAGAAGGAAAUGAGCAACAUGAGGGUGAAGGAUAUCAGACCGGCGCCCGCCGAGAUUGAAUACAAAAACAUGAAGUUCCUCAUUACUGAUCGGCCCAAUGAUCAAACCAUCCAUACCUUUAUUCAAGAACUGAAAAAGCACAAUGUAAAGGAUGUAGUAAGAGUCUGUGAACCAACGUACAAAGUAGAGGAACUCAAAUCUGAAGGGAUCAAUGUGAUAGAUUUGGUAUUCGAUGACGGUACAUUUCCACCAAACGAGGUGGUGGAUGAAUGGUUCGAGUUGUUAAAAAACCGAUUCCGAGAAUCACCUGACGCAUGUGUGGCGGUGCAUUGUGUCGCGGGUCUUGGUAGAGCACCGGUUUUGGUUGCGCUAGCUCUCAUUGAACUUGGGCUCAAGUUCGAAGAUGCUGUUGCCCUUAUCAGAGAGAAAAGACGAGGCGCCAUAAAUGCGAAGCAGUUAACUUUUCUUGAAAAGUAUCGUCCUAAAUCUCGAUUGAAGCUCAAGAAUGGACAAAAAAAUUCCUGCUGCAUUCAAUAAAUCAAAGAAUACUUUAGAAAAGGAGAAGAUGGAAAAAGUCACACUAAUUCAUACUGAUUGGUAUAAAUGUGUAGAAUUUUGCGCCUGACAACAAGUGGCAUAUUGUAGCAAAUCUGUUCUGAAUGGUCUAUCACUGGAAAUGCAACGUUGGUUGAUAAUUAUUAACCAAUUUUAAGUCACAUUUUGCAUUACCCAAUUUUAUAUUUCGAGAUGAGCCAUCG